UAACCUUCUUGUUGAGUUGCAAAGCUUGUACCAGAUCGAUCUAGUAUAACUCUGCGCGUAGCUCGUUUGAGUUCUGUUCGCUUAAGGGAGGGCGGUGAGCCGGUACCUUGAUCUUCUAGCUUGGCCAGCGCUGCAAGAGCCUACAGGAAAUAUGUCGGACGAAGCUCACUUAGUGGCGAUGCCAUCGGAGGAUGACCUGCCGCCUCGAGUUUCAUCGCUGUCGAAAGAAGCAGACAUAGUGGUAAAAUCGUCAGGAGAAGGCGUGCCGCUUCGAGAUCCGUCGCAGUCUCAGCAACAAGGGAUUACUGUUGACACUCAUAGUCCCCACAUAUCGAUUGAUGAACUGCUGAAAGUAAUAAAAGGAUCCAAUGGCAUGCCGGUGCUGUUCGUCCCCUCCAGCGGCGGCCGGCUAGCAGCAGUAGCCGUGGACGGUCUUCAGAAUCUGAUGCCUGCCAAUCGCGAGGGCAGCGUGUCUAAUGAAAAGGAGCAGAAUUUUCGUUCCUGGUUGAUGUUCCUCACAUCAUUGGUUGCCACCGUCACCUUCACAGCGGGGCUCACCCCACCCGGUGGUUUCUGGUCCGCGGACGACAAGGACAAGAAAUACCUUGCUGGUGACCCAAUCAUGGACACCAAAUCUCCCACAAGGUAUCGGACCUUUUACUAUAGCAACACACUCGCCUUCUUUACGUCCUUAACGAUCAUCGCGUCCCUCGCCAAGAACAGGAAUAGCAAGAGGAUCAUGACUAUUCCUUUCACACUCCUUGUAGUAUUUUGUUUUCUAAGCUUAGGUUCUGCCUAUGUCAGUGGCACGUGGAUCAAAGCCCAUGGCCCCUCACAGCUGAAGACUGUUGUUCUUGUACUUGCACUUAACAUUGUCUACAUGAUGUUGGAUCGGAUUCAGGAAAAGUGUCUAGUAUAAUCUAGCUUCGGGGAUCCCGGAAUCCGUCGCUUAAGAGCUUAAGAGGUCCGCUUACAGCUAUGAAUAAGUAAUGGCAAAGAUGAAGAUUUGCAGAAGAACCAAGAAGAAAAAUCCGUAACAGUCUGCGUGCAAACUUUAGUUAAGACCUCAUGGAGUCAAUGGUAAUUGUAGAGAACCCUGGUUUGUAUUUCUAACUCUGUGAGAACCUGGGUCGUUUAGGAUUUGUAGACUCCGGUUACAACUCAUUGUAAGAAUAGGUUUAGGUUUGCUUGGAUCGGCUGCCUUGGUUGUGUAUAUAUAAGCACAACCAAGCCGUAAGUUUUUGUAUCAUUGAGGCGAGAAAAUAGAAAAUAAAUAAAAAGAAAAGAGGGCACGA